AAAAUCCCCAGCGAAUCUCAACCUCCAGUUUUCCGCCAUGUCGUCGUCUUCGCCUUCCCUCCUCUCCUCGCCGCUCCCCUCCCCGGCCACCGUCCUCUCCAAGAAGCCGGCGUCCCUGCGCGCCGUCUCCUCCGGGACUGCGAGGCGCGGGGUCCGGGUGGUGGCAGCGGCGGCGGCCACAGCAACGCCGGUGUCCGCGGCGUCGCGGGCGCGGCCAUCGGCGGCGGAGGUAGCGCGGACGGUCGUGGAGCUGGCCCCGUCCGGGACGCUCUCCGUGGUGGGUCCCGACGGAUGGCCGCUCGGGGUCGGCGCGCGCUUCGUCGCGGAUGCCGCCGGCGCUCCCGCGCUUUGCCUGACCGCCGCGGAGGUCGCCGCGCCCGAUGCGCCGUCCAGCUUCCACGUCGAGUUUCGGCAGAGUGGAGCUAGGACACCACAGUGCACUAUGCUUGGUGCCUUAACUAAGCCUAGUGAUGAGUCUGUAUUGAAGAAGCUUUCCACUAGGUGGCAAAAGAAAUUUGGGGAAGAUAUUGAUCAAGAUCUUCUGUAUUUAAUAUCUGUUGAUCGGGUCUUGCACACGGAGGAUUUCAAUGAGGAUGGCAUGUGGGUAGUUCCAUCCGAGUACACCAGUGCAGAACCUGAUCCUCUACGCAACUUUGCUGAAAACCUUGUGGAGGAAUUUAACAGCACAAGUGCCGAAGACGUCCAUAGGAUAUACAGCAUAUAUGUCGAAUCAGAUUUGCAGGUGGAAGAUGUCAAGAUGAUAUGGGUUGAUAGGCUAGGUUUCGACUUGCAUGUUCAUUCUGGGGAAGGUGUCUUUGCUGUUCGGAUCCCUUUUUCAAGGGAGGUCUCUGACGAGAAGGGGGUGAAAUCAUCGUUCAACAUGAUGUCUCAUCAUGCAUGGGAGGUAGAGAAGAGCUAUGCCAGUCCAGAGUUUGAGAAGAUACAGUUCUUGAAGAAGGUCAGAUAGGCAGUGAGUUUUAUUUCCAUGGUUGAUUAUUUUGUCAUUCAGAUGAGUAUAGUGCGAGGUUUGGUUCCUCUUAACAUGUGUCUUGUGUGUAUCUUGUUCAUUUUUUGUAUCACAUGUAUAUUUGAUGCAAUUGGCAUCAUGAAUUAUGUGCUAGCAAUGUAUUUGAUAAGAGCAAUGAAUUUUGACCAUAAGGUUAGCAAGAAUAAAUCUGGACCAUGAGAUGAGACCUAAAUUAUGUCA